AUAUUUCAGCCGGGUACCGGAGAUCUGACCGUCAGUUUAUGCACAGCCUUUACGGAGUGUGCCCGUGUGUCUCGUGAGUAAUUUCGCCGCUCACUACACCGGCGAGCUACCAUUUCUUUCUACUGCACAGUGAGACGACUUUUGGUUUUGCAUUUGCCUCAUAAGAGAAGAGCACCGAAGUGCGCCUCUUUUUAGUGGAUUUUAUUAGUGUUUUAGGGUUGUGUUUAGUGCUCGGGGGGGUGCUAGAAACAUAGGAAGCACCAAUAGCGAAAAAUUGGUGGCAUUUCGAGUGCGGAUUGUUGCGCACAAGGCGAAACAAGUGAAGUGCAAGUGUAGUGGGCUUCAACUCCAUUUCUGGUGGAAGCGCAUCGCUUUCAGUGACAUUUCGCGGGCGCGCAACCGGAUCGCGAUGGAAUGAAGGAAAACACCAGCAACAACUAUAUCGCAUCGUAAUUGAGUAACGCGUCGUAUUCGAACUGACAGAAAAUCCUCCCUCAUGCUGGGGAGACACCCGCUAGUGUGAAGCUGUGUUCAACUAGGGCUUGAAAGUGAAAUUUAAACAGCCAGCACAAGGUUGAACGCUUUGACACAUUUUUUCCUUCCAACGACUGGUCGGUGGUAUGUGCUCUUGCAAAAACCAGGGAAACCCAUGAAGGAGUGCCCUCUGAAAGGUGAAAUAUUUUGCACGAACUGUGUUGUAAGGCAAACGGUGGAAAUUGAAGUUUUUAGUUUGGCCUAAUGGUUUCGUUCCCGCAGAAAAACAACUCUUAAAGCCAUUGAUCACGCACCUCGUUAGCAGAUGUCGAAGUAGUUUUCAGCCCCCAAACACGCUCUCUGUUAAAUAAUCAAUUGCAGCAACUUGAUUGAUAUUGAACGUAGCCAAAGUUCAUAAUUCAUUAGGUGCGCCUGAGCAACACCGGCAAACGGCCAGGAGAAAAGAAAUAAGCACGUUUACUUACUCAUGUGUGAAAAAUCGCACUACGUGAGGAAAAUCGAAACAGCAGAAAAACUUUGAAGAGAACAACGCGUACCGUUAAGCCUGCCAAGGAAAGCAGAAGCGCAGCUACCCCUUGGCGAAAAAUAAAUCCAAAAGCUAGUGCGCGGAGACAAAGAAAGAGGUCAAAAUAGAGACGAAACUUCGACGGAGACAGUGAAGAAAAGACCGGCUGAUUGGCAGGAGUAGCCCGCAAAGUAGCAAGGCUCAAGAGAAAAAAAAACGAUCCUCAAGUACGAAGCUUUAGCACCACGACGGUUAUGCAGGUAUGGCUACACUCUGAAGUGAAAAGUGAAACGGUAUUGUAUGUGCAUAUUCAUAUAAUCAACAUUCUUCUCUAAUUAUAUUCCCAGAUGGACAACGAAUGGGAAACACCGUCCCGUAAAACAUCGAACUGCCUAUCCGGUGGCGGCAGCAGCAGCAGCAUUGCAAGUUCUCCACAUUCCAGCCAUCAGCACAUCCCAGCCUAUGACUAUUUCGAUAGCGCCGACCAGCAGCACUAUCUGCACUAUCCGGUUGCGAGCCGGAACAACCCGAACAACAGAAAACUUAGUGCCACCAAUGACGUCAGGAACUAUCGCCACCGGGUGAUGGAACGAGCCGCCUACACCAAUCGCAGUUUCAUGCACCAUGAACAGCACCAGUACGUGCCGCAUCGGGCUGUCGGGUUUACAUUUGAAUCGUCGCACUAUGGAAUCGAUCAUUCCGAUCGUAAAUAUGAUCGUCGCCGCCAUAGCCUGCACCACAUUGCUCAGUUGAGUGCGUCCAAAAUGGAUGAUUUGAAACAUCGGUUCGAUGAAUACAGCUCAUCGGUCGCGGUUGGCAGAGGUCAACAUUUAGGGGGUGGAGGCGGAAGUCGACGUCCGAGCCGGCAGAGUAGCGGCAAUCAAUUUACUGCUGACGGUGGUAGACUGAAUCUUGGCUACAGCGGUAGCAGAAGUUUGGAUGUUUAUGAGCCUAAACCGCACCGAGCAACGCGGGCCGAAGGCGGACACAAAGGCAGCAGUGCGAAAACGCCAAAACGUGGCUCAAGGUCGUCGCAAGGAUCCACAGACAGUAGUCACAGCUCACAUAGUGCCUCGUCCGGCUCGUUACUGUUGACGGUAGCGAAUUUGGAGAACUUUGCAAAGAUCCACAAAAACCACGAACCCAGUUACGGCACCAGCAAGACGAUGGAAGAGUACCUAUCCUCGACAACCGGAGUGGUUCCAACAGCAGCAAUAUUGGACGCUAUCGGAACCAAGUUCAACGGCAAUAUCACAUUCAAACAAACGGACACAAGUUCGUCAACAGAUCAAACCGAAAUUGACUAUCACAAAGGUGACAGCAACAAUCUGCCGACUGAGUCGGCCAUCAUUUCCAUCGAGGAAAUCGCCUCGGACCUGCAGCAGCAGCGACAGCUGCAGGACCAACAGAGUAGAACAACGAAAACCAAAGAUCCGGAUUCGGUAUCAAUGGCCAGUUCAACGCAUUUCACCAUGAUCAACGGUGUGGGCGGUCCCCAGCGGCUGCCCAAAGGCGGCAUCUGUUCCCGAGGGCACCAGAUCACGGUGCUGAUCGUGACAAUGAGCAUAGUCUUCAUGGUCGGGAUCUGCGCGGCUGUGUUCUUUCUAGAAAUGCGUGCCAGAGAAAUGCCUAGAUGAAAUAAAAACUAGCACAGGACAGAAUAUUCGAGUCCGGAACAUAACGCAACCAUCUCAACGAACAAAUAACAAACAACUACGCAUAGCCAUAUCCAAUUUUCCAAUUCAACGUUACACAGUACAUACAUGAUAGCUAUAGUGAACUGUAUCUGCAUAAGCUUCGAGAGCACGUGGCCGUGCUUGAUUUACCGUUAUUUAGGAUAACUUCUUUCUAUACACAAGCUACCAAAAUCUGGUGGAAGCUGGUGAAAAAUUAAUAAUGCAAUAACGAUUUCAGAAACACAUUUUUCUACCGCAUGUAAAAGAGAAAUAAGUCAGUUAAGAAGCAUUUAAAAUGCCACUUACUAUUCCAUACAAAUAUUCAUAAAUUUUCUACCCUGUAAACAUGAAUCUUCCUCAAACAAACCCUACUACACAUUGUUUUCUGUGAUAUUUAUUAACUUAUUUAAAUUAUGACACAAUAUGUGAAAAAAUACA